GCCGCUUGUAAACAGAGCCGGCGGCAGGGAGGUCGAGGUGGCCGUGCUGUCACCGGGCGGCGGGCGGCUGCCGAGGCGGUGCCGCCGACCCCAAGCUGCAGCCCCCCCCCCCCGGGGCAGGACGAUCCACGGGGAAAUCAAGGAUUAGCAUGGCAUUGCUGUGACAAGCUCUCCCUGUUGUCUUCAUGGGGAUCUCACUGAAGAAUACAAAGGAACACUGAUCGCCCCAUACCUCUGUUAGCUAGCAAAUGUUUUCAAUGACCAAGAAGACAGCCAUCUCUCUCUGCCUGUCCUAUGCAACCGAGUGAAGGUUCCUUCCAGGCAUUUGCAUAGCUCUGUCAUGGAAGCACCAGUUUUCAUUGGGUGAAAGUUCAUGAAGCCCUUUUCUGGAGCAGCUUAGGUGGCUUCCACCUCUUGAAAUCUGUGACAUGGAAGCUCUGGAAGUCGAUGACAUCAGCCCAGCCUUGGAGGUGACGGAGGAUUUCUUUAGUACUUUUGAUAGUAAGCUGGAAAAGGCUGUGCAGCAAGUGGAGAUCUGUGGAAUUCAGGAAGUCCCUGAACUGGUGGGACAUGAGGUACUCAAGAACCUAGCAGAUAAUGGUGCUGUACGAAAUGCUGCUUCCCUGGGCAAGGGGAGCAUGAUUUGGGACCACUGCAAAAGCAGGCUCUUAGAAACCAAAGCUCAGAAUGUCUUCCCUGCCAAAGAACAGUUUAUGGUCCAGAGAGGGACAGCCCCAGAUAAUCUUUCCUGGAUGGAACAAAAGGAAGCAUCAACUUUUAAUUUUUUCAAUAUCUGUCAGCGCCGGAGGGACAGACCUCGUUCUGUGAAUGACUUAUUGGACGAGACCACUACUUUCAAGCCUGGACAUGCUCGAUCCAGGUCAGAUAUUACCCAGGUGGACUGGCGCCUUGUCCUCAGCACCAUGCCUCUGCUGCAGCAGCAGCAGCAGCAGCAGCAGCAGCAGCAGUCAUCUCUUCAAGGCUCUCAUUUCACCAGGCCAUCUUUUCUGUGGCCCUCACCAAGCAAGGUAGAAGAUGCUCAAGGAAAUACAGAACAUAAGCAGACAUUCCCAAACAUUCUGAAGAAGGGUUAUCUGGAGAUUAGGAAGGACCAUGACAGUUACUGGCAAAGCUGUUACGCAGAACUCUCACCAUACAACUUACACUUUUACAACCUGGACAGCAGCGGGAACCGGAACUUGUAUGCCACAUUCCAGCUUUCACACUUCCAGAACAUAUCUCUGUUGGGCAAUCUUGAGGCCACAGUGGUGGAUACUGUUCUGUAUGACAACACGCAGCUACAGAUAAAGGCAGCAUCGCCAUGGGAGGCUUUGGACUGGGGACAGAAGCUUUGGGAAGUUGUGCAUGCCACUGUGCCUGGUUAUAUGGGACGACAGGAUGAGCUGGCAAAUUCACCAGCACUUGGUCAACACGUUGAUUGUACACAGAACCAUUGUUUACAGAAGAAAUCCGGUGGGUUGCUACCCUCCUCCCCUGUCUUGGAUAGCCCCAAACAUUACCAGAAUAUCCUCAAAUCAGGGACACUGUAUAGAUUAACUGUCCAGAACAACUGGAAGGCAUUUACCUUUGUACUGAGCAAGGCCUAUCUCAUGGCUUUUCAUCCCGGCAAGUUAGAUGAAGAUCCGCUGUUAAGCUACAACGUGGAUGUGUGCCUGGCUGUCCAGAUAGACAACCUGGAUGGCUGUGACUCUUGCUUUCAAGUCAUUUUCCCCCAAGAUAUCCUCCGCCUUCGAGCGGAGACCCGACAGAGGGCUCAGGAAUGGAUGGAGGCUCUGAAGACAGCUGCCAAUGCAGCCAGGAGUUCAGAGCAAAACCUGCAAGUCACACUGAGGAACAAAGCCAAGGAUUCAAUGGGUGGACAUGAGCUCAGGAAGAACAAACGGCAGUCUGUGACCACCAGCUUCCUGAGCAUCCUGACGACUUUGUCUUUGGAACGAGGACUCACUGCGCAGAGUUUCAAAUGUGCAGGAUGCCAGCGGUCCAUCGGUCUUUCCAAUGGGAAAGCCAAGGUGUGCAAUUACAGCGGGUGGUACUACUGCAGCAGCUGCCACGUGGACGACAGCUUUCUCAUCCCUGCACGCAUAGUCCACAACUGGGAUACUUCCAAAUAUAAGGUGUCCAAGCAGGCCAAAGAGUUUCUGGAAUACGUGUAUGAGGAGCCGCUAAUUGACAUCCAACAGGAGAACCCCAUGCUGUACCUCCACGCCGAGCCUCUGGCUGCAGUGGUACGGCUCCGGCAGCGGCUGAAAUCCCUUCGAGCCUAUUUGUUCAGCUGCCGGGCAGCCGUGGCAGAGGAUCUGCGCCGCAGAAUUUUCCCCAGAGAAUACCUCCUUCAGCAGAUCCACCUGUACUCCCUGGCUGACCUGCAGCAGGUGAUAGAGGGAAAGCUGGCUCCAUUCUUGGGCAAGGUCAUUAAAUUUGCCACCGCACACGUGUACAGCUGCAGUCUUUGUAGCCAGAAGGGAUUCAUCUGCGAAAUCUGUAACAAUGGAGAAAUCCUUUAUCCUUUUGAGGACAUAUCAACAAGCAGGUGUGAAAGCUGUGGAGCCGUCUUCCAUUCUGAGUGCAAGGAGAAGUCGGUGCCCUGCCCGCGGUGCGUGCGUCGGGAGCUGCAGAAGAAGCAGAAGUCCUUCUGGCGGCGGCUCAAUGUGGAUGAGAGCCUGGAGGAGGCCUGCACCAUGUUCGAGCUGUCCUACCAGAACACCUGACACCGCGGCCGCCCGCCUUCCGUCCUCCCGGAACCACCAGCCCAGAGGCUUCUCGGUGGCCGCUUGCACCCUGUUCAGCAGAGUGUCUCCUUUCCAGCUAGGUGUAGAUAGAUAGUUUAUUUAUUUAUAUAUAUAUAUAUUCAUAGCUAUACCUCCUACACAUGUGUUCCGUAUGAAUAGCUGCCUAACAGGUCCACAAAACUUCUGUGGCCAAGAGCCUGCCGAUAACUGAAUUACACUUGGCCAUGAAUAGCUGCCUGAUCUCAACAAAAUGUGGUUUACACACAUGGCUUUCCAGUUCUGGACACCCCUCUUCCCUCCCUCCCACCUUUCUCUUUCUCUGCUUGUCUCUGUCUCUCGGGACCAUCUUAUUACACAGAUCCAGGAGGAAGCAUUUGCACCAAACAACAGAGCUGCAGGCUAUUUCUGUGUUAUUUAUUUUUAGCUUUCACAGAGGGCUGAGGGAACUGAGGCAGGCAUCAUUUUAGUAAAUCUGUGGAACAUAGGAAUGCUCCCAGAUCCUUCCAGGACCCCUUGUCCCUAGCAGAGUUGGGGAUCAUUGAAGCUGAGCUGUUUGGCAGGAAGCCAGGAGAACAAGCUCCCACUGGCAGAAAGCCUAUACCCCUAACUUAGGAGGAGAGCUGGGCUGCUUUUCAAGUUAAUCCCAGAAGGUGUUUUCCUGAGAAAAGAAGAGACCUCUGCAACUAAUAACUGCAUGGUGUUGGCAUGCUGGCUGGUGCAAAUACACCCACCUAAUGAUGUGACUCUACUGUAUUUGCCAGGCAAUGUGGUUCUUUAAGGAUGACUUUCCAAGAGUGUACUGGAUAGUAUUUACGGUUUUCUUCCAUGGUACUAGCUGUGGAAAAUGUCCUGGGAUUGUUGUUCAAGGCAUCAGUGUGUAGACUGGUAGAUACUAUAUGUGGUAUACAUGUUGGGAGAGACAACCUUUCAUGUCCUUUCAUAGGUCUAUGUAGACAGUUCUGACCCAGUCACUUCAAAUGCUUUAUUUCUCAUUGUUCUGUGCUGUCAUUUUGUUUUUGGUUUUUUUUUUUUUUUUUGGCCAGUCCUGGGCCUUGGACUCAGGGCCUGAGCACUGUCCCUGGCUUCUUCCCGCUCAAGGCU